AUGUACGAGGGCACGGUGCAGUCACUGAUCUACACAGACGUCAAAUCAGACAACGUCGUGGUUGAGUACAGGCUGCAGCCCAACGGGGAAGUAGAUAUCUCAAGGGUCAAUCUGGCUGAUCCAGAGAGCGCCGCCAAAGUCAGGAACGGUGAGCAUAUCACAGGAAUCCAGGUUGGUAACGUCAUGUGGCGCAGUCCUGAAGCCCAGGCGGGAAUUGGCAUUACCAAAGCAUCAGACGUGUUCUCUUUUGGGAUUGUUUGCAUCCAUGCUGUGCUGAGACUUCAUAUCUUUGGUUUCGACAGAGAGAAACUGGUGGAAGGCGUUGAGCCAGAGGUGGAAGUGCUGGAGCGAAUGAUCUCCUAUUUUGGACCAGUGCCCCUGGGGCUCUUGGAACACAUCGACAACGAUCAAUGGUGCCUGGCCUUGAUGACCUUGAACCGUAGCUUCUCUAAGGACAAGCCAAGGAGACCCUUCGCUCUUUGGGUCGAGGAGGACUUCCCAAAUCUCGACUCUAACCUCAAAAGAUUCGUGGGUCGGAUGAUGAACCUUGAUCCAGCUAAGAGGGCAACGGUGGACGAACUCUUGGAAGAUCCUUGGUGGGAUUAG